UUCGUCCUUGCCAGUCAGUCGUGCAGCAGGAUACGCGUGUGAAGCACACAACGGUGCCCCAGAUUCGUUUCUGUACCACACACGCGCUCAGCCAGGUUAAGGUUAGGUGUUUGCGCGCGCGUGUCCGGAAUAGUCAUAGUGAGAGUAAUAGUGUAUGUGUGUCUUUUUUUGUGUGUGUAUAUAUGUAGCAUUAGUGUCUUAGCAUGCAGCUCUUCAGCUUAGUGUGCUAGUGGGCCAAUAAGUCAGCGAUCGAUGGAGGCGCGAAAGUGAAAGGAUCGGGCCCGUAAGUUGGCACAAAAUCUUGUCGAGAGGAAGUGAUGUGUAAAUUGUAUAUAAAAUUAUUUAAAUAAUCCCCACGAGAGAAAGAGAGAGUGGUGAUUAACGUCAAAUUCAAUUUAAACGUAGACAGCUUCUCAUCGUUUCAUCGAAAGAACUGCCCCAAAAGCGUAUUUCCUCUGGAAGGAAAUUUUUAAUGCUAUCGCUUGAUGAUCGGCCUAUUCAACUGCUUUUCGUUAAUUCCAAAACGCGACUCACAACGAGUAACGACGGGCGUAGGACGAGGAGCGAGCGGAAUGCUGUUUGCCCAACGGCAUAAACCGUAAUUUGUCGCACGAGCGUGUCAAAGCGAAAGUUUGAAUUCAAUUACAAAAACGGCUUAUUACAAAGUAGCGAUGCUCUAAGCGUCCCUGCAGUGUCGAGUGAGUGAUUUGUGCUGUGUGUGUGUGUGUGUUUGUGGUUUUGUGGUUGUAUGUGUGUGUCAUGUGUGCGUGUGUAUGUGAAAAUGUGUUUCCUAAAGUGCGUGUGAUCUAGCCGUGCUUUUACAGUGGCUUUAAAAGCACCGUGCUUGUGCGUUUUCGAGGUGCAGUGUAAAUAAGCGAGGCCGUUUCUUAGUUCCGUAAACUAGCUCUUAGUAUUAUCAUUCGAAAAAGGUGAUCCAUCCAACGGGAUUGCUGCUUCCACAGCUAACGCUUUGCGCUUUUCGUCAAUUAACGUUUGAUCGCGCCCUUCGGUUGUUCGGAGGCUUUUCGGUUUUCCGUUCUGGGGCUGGGAAAUUCAUCGAAAUAAUUAAUUUCCUUUUUGCUGGAAGGCAAACAGCGUGGAGGGAGAAAAAGGUUCGUUCGUUCCUGUGAAGUGUGCUCUUGUUCUGUGUUUAUGUGUGUGUGUGUUUAUGUAUGUGUGAGUGUGUAUAAAUAUGCUUGAGUGAGUACGUAAAUGGUGCGUACCGUUGUGAGCGAUAGAAAUGAUAGGCUUAUCCACGCUUAGCGGUGCCUCUGCUGCUGCUGCUGCUGCAAGUUCCUGAAAAGUGGAGGAAUUUUAGAGAGCAAUAUCCUGAAUACCACUACUGCCUGAAGUGGCUGCGAGGAACCAGGCUACUUCAGCGGCCUAGCAACUGUGAUUUUGUGUCGGUGCUGUCUGUGCUUUCUUCAUUCAAAUUCUAAGGCCAUUUAGCAGCGAGCAUCAAACACAUCGAACGCACACUGGGCGCGCCUUAUCGUGAUCGAAUCUGCGCGAGGCAAGGAACAUACAAUUUACAGAUAAGGGCUUCAGCGCGGCUAAUCCAGCAGAGGAAGAGAGGAGAUCAGAGCAAAAACAAACAAACAAAACGCUUUAAGGAUAAAAUAAAAGCAGGGUUUUUUUCUCUGCCUACCCAAUCAACGGUCUAAACGAGUCGGCAAACGGGCUUCACUCAAACCGAAAACCAUCCAGCCAACCAGGAAACGUCAGAAAUAAUCAGCAAACAUGGCGGCCACGAUGCGAACCGGAGGCCUUCACCACGCUUCGUCGCUGGGAAAUAUCGACACAUCUUCGCAGGCGAAGGUAAAUUUUGCGGCCCGCAGUUACGACUCCGAAGAUGAAAAUAUGGGCCGAAAGAAGGGACGGCCUUUUGAGACGGGGCCCUGCUCGAGGGCUCCCGUCUACUCGAAGGGAGACAUACGCGAACAGUACUGCCUGACGGAUCGACAACUCAACUCGAUAGAGCAGCCACGGCGGGAACGAUUUUUUGGCUGCUGGUCCGGCCGCAAUGCUCCACAGUCGUUUCUGGGCGUCUGCGUGGGUCGGCGGGCGCCCUCCGACGAAAACCUCGCCGAUUAUGCACCGAUGCAGCGCUAUCCUAGGUACAUCAAUUCCGGUCCGAUAGCGAAAUCCAUCCUGCAGCAGUACGAUGACGACAUGGAAAGCUCGUACUUCCGCCGAAAGCCGACCUCUUUUUUAUCGAACAGCAGCCAGGGCGGCGGCGGUGGAGCUGGCGGUGGCGGCAGUGCGGGAUUAAUUAUAGGAAGCAGCGCAACACUGCCGGCCGGCGGUGACAGUAAGCGAUACGGUGGCUCCUGGCUGCCGGCCGAGGACGAAGCGGUACGGUUAGAGGGUCCAAGCCUUUAUCGAUGUCCAGCUCAUAACGAUCUGCUACCGCCGCCACCACCACCACCGAACGUAGGCCUUAUCGAUGGCAUCCCGGGCGGCCCACCAAGGACGAAACACGUCAGCUUUGCCCGGUCCUACACGCUCACGUCGUUCGACGAAGCGAUGGGUAGCCGACCGCUGUCACGGCUGGCAGCGGCCCGCAGCCAGGAAAGACUGAUCGGCGGCAAAAAGCCCACCAUCACGCUGGCCCAGCACGCGGCCGGCCCGUACGCCACGGGUGCACCGCUGCACUCGAUCCUCACGCAACCCACCGCCCAGCCGCAACCGCUGCUGCCCCAAGCCCUCCAGAAGCAACCCCUGUCCGUGCCGCAGAACCCGAGCCACAGUCAACCUCAGCAGCCGCCGCAUCAGCAGCAGCAGCAGCCGCACCAUCAGCCGCAGCAGCAGCAACCGCAACAGCCUCAGCACGUGCUCAUACAGCAGCAACCGACGUCCCAUCUUCAUCAGCACUUGCACCAGCAGCAUCUGCAGCAUCUUCAGCAGCAGCAGCAGCAGCAGCAACAGGCGGCACUGCUCGCACACCAAGCUCACCUGCAACAUCAACAUCAGCAGCAUCAACAGCAGCAACUUCAGGCAGCUCAACUCGCCGCUCAGCAGCAGCAGCAACAGCUUCAGCAGCAGCAGCAGCAGCAUCAGCAGGAGAUGGUUGUGCUGGAAAAGGUGAAGCGAAGCGCAAUGAAGACGCAAGCAACGCAGACGGAGGUGUAUCUGGGCAAGAAGGGAACGGCGCCACACAAUCUUUCGCUGAGCCCCAGAACGAUCCACCGGGUAAAAAUGGUUUCGCAAGGCGCGCAAACAAACGGCGGACUGAACGGUGGUGGCCGCAAGCUAACCAAGAGCCUUUCCGAGGCCGGCGAUCGCCUGCAGGAGAAUGGCAUCGAUCCAAACGUGCUGCAACCGGUGGACACUGGCACCGCGAAUGCAAACUUUGAUCAUGAGCUGCUGCAUCGCACACAGUCGGAAGAGCCGCCGAAAUCACCCUUCACCAUCACCUCACCGCCCGCCACCCAUGUAGGGCCACAUUUCGAGCUACCAUCGUCGCGCACGUCCUCGCAGCUGAGCCACUCGGACGGCACGCACCUGACGCACUCACGCAACCACUCGCAGGACAGUGCCACCUCGUACCGGUCGACCGAUGGGUCGCGGACGUCGUACGAGACCGCCUCCUAUCCGUACGAUGCGUACGACAGCAUUGUGCUGCCGCGGCGUGCCAGCCACUCGCAGGAGCCGACGUUCCAGUUUUUGCGCAAACAGGACCUGGAGCAGGUGCACCAUCAUCAUCAGCAGCAUCAGCAGCAGCAGCAGCAGCAGCAACAUCUUCAACUGCAACAACAACAACACCAACAACAACAUCAGUCACAGUACACCCACGGCUACGAGAAUGGAUACGUUCCGUUCGAGACGCACAGCUUGCCGCGGAGAACGUGCAUCCACCACAAGCCGGAGGAGUUCCACACGCACACACUGCCCCGGCGGGACCACGGCCACGCCCAUCACCAUCACGACAUCGUGUACCGGGACCAGUCCCAUCCGGCACUGCCCGCCCCCGAGCAUCUCAUCCUGUCCAACGGAAGCGUUAAUCAAGAUGUUCGAUCUUUUGACAGCAUGCCGACGGCCACGGCCCUGAACCGCCGGAUGUCUGCCCACGCCAUUGUGCUGCCGCCGGAAAAGCAACCCCACUCGAGUGGGCUCCCCCUCGUCCAAGGACUGCAUCAGCAGCAGCAACAGCAGCAACAGCAGCAGCAGCAACAACAGCAGCAGCAGCAACAACGGCGAGCCUCGUACGCGUUCGUCACGCCCGACACGCAAGCCCUCGCCAAGCGGAACUCCAUCCCCCAUCAGCAGAUCCAGAAGGUGCAGCCCAUCAUGCAGACGCAGUUCGCUGCGCCGGCAAAGACGCAACCGUUCCAACCGCUGGUCAAACCGCAACCACCCACCCUACCCUCCCACUACACCUCCCAAACGGCUCCCCCGUCCUGUCCGGUGACGCCGCCCAACAUUCAGCCGCUGGACAUGCAGGACGACACCAAGUCGUCCUCCGAGGGUAGCUGCUCGACCUGCGACUCGGACAGCGAGCAGGAGCUGGACGGCAUGCCCGGCGAGGAGCGCGAAAUCUUCAUCGACUUUAAGCCGCGCGUGUCGCCCGUCCCCUCGCCCGGUGCCGUCAAGAAGAAAAAGCUUCAAAAAGCACAAUCCGAGGGUGAGCUGAUGCAUGCCGACGCUAGGCGCAAAGCGAGCGUGACUGCGGAUGGAGAUGGCGGUAGCUCCACCGUACCGACCGGCAGUGACGAUGAAGGACGCUCCACGAUGCGGGAACAGUGUGCAGCGCCGAAACUCCCCAAGCCGGACUAUCGCGACGCGAGCGAAAGCUCCGUGCCAGACGAUGAGCCGCAGGUGAAGGAUCGGCGAAAGGAAAGCUUCCGCAAGCGCUCGGUCAGUCUGGAUCAGCCCACGAGCUGCGAGCAGGACGAAGAGGAGGAACGGGAGCACAACGGGAGUGUGGUGCAACAGCACCCGCAUCGCAACGGCGGGGAUAGUGGGAGAGCUCACCCGCACGCAGCCCAGCGCAUGUCAUCCCGGUCUAGAUCGAUCGGAGCUGCGAUUGGGUCGCGCCAUCUUUCAGCACCACCAUCGCCCCAGAAGGAAGAUCACUCCGCGUCCACAGGUAGGCUUCACCGGGAGGCUUCCCCAUUCCACUCUUCCGACUCGCUUGCAAACGAUGCCACCCGCGACACGUCCGACGGGAACUGGAACGAAUCGCAGGCGACGAUCAUGACGCAAAGCUUAACGGACAACGGGAAGCUGACUCCAUCGUCGAGAAGGAAGAACCUACUGCUGCAGCAUCAGCAGCGCAGCUCAAUGGAUACGGAUGUGCUGGAUAUGGAAGAUAUCGCCGAUCAGCCGCUACCACCACUGCCGGUAACCGUGGCAUCGACUGCACUGCAGUCAAACACCGUCUCCACACCGUCCGGCCACGGCCACCAACCGAACGGGAUGGCCAUUCAACCGAGCGUGGCCGGCAUCGGCAUCGUCAAGCCCACCACCCCAUCGAUCGCUGUCAUCCCGUCGCCGAGCAUGGAGCGCGAGGAACGUGACCUGCAGUGGCAAAAGUCGGCCACGCUGCGCCGCCCUUCGCGGCCACUUUCGCCCACCAAGCGGGCCGCUCGCAGCGAGCAGCAGAAGCAGCAGCAAAAGCUGCACAAAAUCGAACCGUUAAUCCAUCGCUCUUCGGACCCAACCGAACGUACCGGAAAAUCCGACCCAAGUCCAACGUCCUCAAUGCCUUCCGGCAGCCCAGCGACUCCCCAGCAACCUUCGCCGUCCUCAACCAAGCUGCCCCACCAUCAUCCAAUCGGUUCGGCCACUCCAGUGGCUGCCCGGUUCGCCAAAGGUUCGCCCGGAAAUGGUGUCGAUCUCUUGAAGGAUCAUCCCGUCUUUAGCCAAGAGACCGGCACAUCCGGUCCUGGUGGUGCUACCGGUGGUGGCGCUGGAUCGGAAGGCAGCACCACCGAGGACUAUGUGACGUGCACCGACAACUCGAAGCGGGGUGCAUCGGGAGCUAAAGGUACAUACAAAACGAUCCACGCCACUAGACCGACCAAACAAGUACCAGCCACCACACAGGACGGAUCAUCCUUCGAGAGUGCGUCCUCCAUCUACAGCCUGGCCCGGGUCGAUGCGGUGUGCGAGGAAACGCCCCCGGUCGAGGAAAAGUCCGUCUCGCCCCAAAUCCCACCGCCACCCAUCCCGAAGCCCUCGCCGACGCACUCCGUCAGCAGCAGUUCGAGCGAUAGUUUCAGCGUGAGCAAGAAGUGUUCGCCUUCCCGGGCCGCCCUGCCGAAAGCGAUCGCCGGCAAGGUGAAGCCGGCGAAGCCGCAAUCGCUUUCGGACGACGAGCGGAGCGAAAAGCGCUACUCGUCGUCGCACGACGAGAAGGAGGCCGCGCCCAAGCUGCCGUACGCUGGCGCCGCGACCGGAACUAUUGCCCGAAGCGCUCGGCGGGGUCGCGACUGGAACGAGGAGGAGCGGCGCAGGAAAAAGAGCACGUUCAAGCUGGAGUUCGACAAGGACUCGAUCAAGACGUACACCACGCCGAUGCUGCGCCAGCCGAGCCCGGGCUUUAAGAAGCUGUCGCCGGAGGACAAGAGUGCGUUGAAUGUGCUGGACGGGGCGAGUCCCAGCAGCAAGCAGAAACGCUUCCGACCGAAGACGCGCAAGUCACCGCGGGCUCGCAGCGCUGUACCGGAGGACACGACCGCUGGCAGUGGGAUGGGAUCGACUGGAACGCUGCCCCGGCGAAGCAAGACACCGUUGGUGCGCUCUCCCGAGAAACCUACCGUGGCGGCGGCGGCUGCGGCGACUGCGACCACGGCCGUGGUGAUGGCCACACCUCAACCGACGAUUGUUACCACCGGCACGAAGCUGAGUCCCUCGCAGUACUACUCACAGAUCCGUAGCCCACCGUCGGUUGGAUCUCCACGCAAGCAGAAAAUCUCGCCCGAGAAACGACUGCAAGCGAUCUCCACCGAGUCGCUGCGAUCGGUGUCGCCUGGUUCGGACUCGGUGUUUUACAGCGAAGCUGACGCAUUGUCCCACUGCGAGCACCAGGUUCAUUGUUCACACUGCGGCAAAGAGGUGGAGGUCUCGAACCUCCCGGGCGAAUCCGAAGAGUCCAUCCUAACGCUCGACUCGACGGACAACGAUCGGCCGGACAUUGUGCAGCCACCGGAGGGGUUCGCUGACUCGCCAGACUGCACCAAGACGCCGCACCACACCCGGCUGUACAAGAAGAUGGACAAGCGCUUUCGCUCCGAGGACAGGCACGUCGAUCGGCGACACUUCAAGAGCCGGCAGGAGUACCGGGCCAAGAGCGAGGAGCGUGGCAAGGAGGAGAUCGAACCGAAUAAUCUGCGUCCAGCCGGUUCGUCGCCCUGCGUAGCGCCGGCCGGCCAAGCGUACAUCGACACGACGUCCGAGCCGGAACAGGGCAUCUACCACGGUAACUACAAGGCGGGCCUGUGGAUCUGCAUUGCCGAUAGGGACGUUUGGCGACGGAACGAGCUGCCGGACGGCAGCUUCGAUCGCCCGAAGGAUGCAACGCUCGAGCGACGCGGCUCGACCGAUUCGGAGCGAGAUUUUCGAAAGAAAUACCAAGCCAUCACACACCGGCUGGUGCACCGGAAGUCAUGCGUCGAGAUGUACCGACGUCAGAAUAGCAACAGUUUUGACACCGAUAAAACGGUGGUCGUGUGCAGGAAGUCCGGCGAGUUCGGGUUCCGCAUACACGGCUCGAAGCCGGUCGUGGUGUCCGCGAUCGAGCCGGACACGCCGGCCGAAACUUCGGGCCUAGAGGUAGGUGAUAUUGUACUGUCGGUCAACGGUAUCUCGGUGAUCGACAAAAGUCACUCGGAGGUUGUGAAAAUUGCCCACGCUGGCAGCGAUACGCUCGAGCUGGAGGUUGCUCGUACGAUUGGGAUGCUGUCGCCCCUGGACGAUGGCUCCUCACAUCCCUCGAUCUACACCGGGUUCCUAUGGCGGUACUGUUCCAGCGGUGGCAAAUGGGUCCGGCGGUGGUUCUCGCUACGGCCGGACCAUUGUCUCUACUACUACAAAUCAGAUGCGGAUAAUCAACCGAUUGGUGCGAUCAUGCUGACGAACCACACGAUCGAGCGCAUUCCGCUUGAACCAAUCACGCGCCCGCACAGCUUUGCCAUCGACACGGAGGAAGGCACCAAGGUGCAGCUGUCGGCCGACACGGAAGAGGCGGCCAGUCGCUGGAUCGCCAUCAUCAGCCACGCUGCCCAGCAAUGUGAUCCUUGGCUGGAAAACAGUGCACGGAACCUACGGCUCUGUGCGACGGGUAUCAGCAAACCGGACUGCAGCGGGCCGCUGACCAAGCUGGGCAGCAAAUGGCGCUCGUGGACCAAGCGAUACUGCGUGCUGAAGGAUGCGGUACUCUACUUCUACCACGACGGCACCAGCAAGAGUGCUUUCGGUAUGGCCUGCCUGCAGGGGUAUCGUGUGCAGCCUUCGUCGGCCGGUGGUAAGAAGUAUGCGUUCGAGAUAGUUCCACCGGAGCUGAGUCUAAGACACUACUACUUCCACACCGAGACGGAAAUGGACAAGAAGCGCUGGGUGGCCGCCCUGGAAUACUCGAUAGACCGGUGGAUGAGGGCCGGCUGAAAUAACCUGAAACGCUACGAGCAGCUCGUAUAGUACACACCGUUUGGCCUUACGUUUCGCCAAUCUCCGGUCGGGAGCAAUCCUUUCCACCGCCACCAGCAUCACCAUCCAUCCCCGUCAGCCAACGGUCCAGCGGAGGCAGCAUAAACAAAGCACAAGCAAGCAAAACACCACUACAGUGCCCGCGCGCGCGCUCACCCAGCUUCACAUUAUGGUUUCGGAAUAUGCGAAUGGGGAGGGCAUAAAACAACACAACCUCGGACUCGAACUGCCCAGUGCACGGUGCUCUUGCAGCAGCAACGGCAGCAGCAGCGCCAGCGUCCAUCGUAAAGGCCCGUGAUUGCGGUGUGCCUACCUUUCAGGCGCCGCCAGCACCGGUGAUUGAAUGGAGUGAAAGCAGACAAGCGACGAGCGCAGCGACAACGAGAAUCAGUGCUGACAAUUUGUGCAUGUAAGCUGGAAGCAUACACACACCGACACAUACACACACAAAUAGCCCACAGUCACGCUUCAAUUACGAUCGUGCCUGCUAGCAGCAGGCCAAACAAAUCAACCGUGCCGUAAACUAUGGAGGCCAGCGUAAUACGAGACUCACACUCACACGCUCGCAAGGUAGGUUUUUCCGAUGGUGUAAUAUCAAACCCGUCCCAUUCGCUUGCUGCUUGAUGCCAUUUUGGUGUCGUGAUUUUCACUCGUCCAGCACGAGCUACAUCGCCCCCCGCGUGCGAACAAACACACACACACACCUACACGGAGCAGGAUGGCAGCUUUGUGUCUUGCAGCUUUGGUAGCGUUUUUCGGGGUCGGGGUUGUUUUUCUUGCCACUCCAAAAGUGUAGUGGGUAGGGGAGCCGAGGCCUGACCUUUUGUUAUUGACGUAACGUAUACAAUUUAUGCUACCGCUUGCCGUAAACACUUGCACCGCAGGGUUUUCACAGCAUUUUCAUUUCCAUAUUUUUCUUAUAUCAUUCUCCUCGACCAUCACUUGGAGGCGCUGGAAGUGUUAAGCGUCAUACGAGAACGAUGCGUAGCGUUUGCAAUGGUGUGAUGGUGUGGGAAAAUAUUUUUCUACCCACUCGCCAACCACGGCACACGGGCUCGGUGCUGCGGGGGAAAAGUUUCUCUUACAAAACGUCCCCAAACGUGGCAUAAACUUCAUCCUCCUUUUCAUCGUUUUGACUCGAAAGAGCGGUAGACUCUAGAGGCCGUGUCUAGGGGGGUGUGGGCGAAGGGGACCGGAAAAAUUGAUGAAAAUCUUUCCCCAUUCCAAAGCAUCCCAACCCAACGGAAGGAGGAUGGUUCCGCCUGAACAACUUUAUGUAGCAGGUGUGUCUGGUAGAAGGUACUGAAGCGAGAGUUUGUCACCACCGAUAAGGACUGUUGGGGCCUCGCACGCAAGGCCACCGCCCCAAAAACUUCCGGGAUAUGAAAGCGAUUUAAAUACACACAGCACCCGUAAACAAGCCAACUCUUUCUCUCACACACACACAAACACACACACACACAUGGAGAUAGCAAUAGAUGCGAAACGAGACCAACAGAAACGAACUGAACGGGGCGCCCCCAGAGCUGACGUAGCGUUGUUUUUCCCGCCCGAAUCGAGGGAAAACAUUCUUCUCCUUAGAUGAUAGCAUUAAUAGAGAGCAUUUAAUAGAUUUAAUAGCGAAUGCACACACAUACACACACAUAAAGACAAGCACACCGUAACGCAAUGAGACGCGUCUCAUUGAUGGGUAAAUCGAUAGCAGGAAUGUGUGUUAUAGUUAUAGUAGCAAAAUUAAAUCCACUUAGCGAACGAUCGUAAAUGAUAGCUUUAAGGGUGGUUCUAGCAGACACGGUAAGCGAAGAGGCCGAUUUUGUUACGCGGAUUGCAUACUUUACACACCCAGCCAGCCUUGCAGAAUGAAUAUGCGCCUUAAAGUAUGCAAUUGGCGUAACAAAGUUGCGCUUGAAGCUAUUUGUUUUGUUUGGAAACAAGAGCACGUUAUCGCCAGCAUCGCUACGAUGCCAAGGGGAUGCGACUUUAUAGUAUAAUGGAUUUAAACUCCGCAUCUUACGCGGAUGGUAAAGCACACUUCUACACUUUGAUAAGGAUUCUUGAGCAGAAAAAGGUUCAGUGUUUGUGGGUAGAACUUGUAUGAACUUAAAGUAUUGAUCAGGGCGAAAUGGAAACGCAUUGUUUAUUGGUAAACGGAUUUAUGGAUAACAACGAAGCAUACUCACCAGGAUCGCUCUUGUUGCACUAUAAAGGGGUAGUUUUAUGAGAACGCUUACUUGGGAAUCAUCUGAAAACAUCUUCAGAAGAAAGAAAUGGAUGACGUUUGGAAUAAAAAGAAAGUUUCUCUCAAAAACUUUGGCUGAAUAAAACGGUCCUCAGCACUGUCAUUGUAAAGCCUUUUAGGGAGAGAGAGAGCUCUAUGCGGGAGAAAAAAAAAACGAAAACUUGCUAGAUGUUCCCUCUUUGCCUGUCUGUAUCCCGUAAUCUGUACAUUCCCUGCAAAACCCUCUCCUCCUUGGCAGUAGAUAGGAUAGAAAGGCUUUGCCAGUAUGUUUAUGUCCCGAGCCGAGCGGAUUGUUGUACCGAAACAGCACAGAAACGAUACGCCACGCAAGAAAUACGCCCUAGAGCAGCCCCAACAGGCAAGCGCUGGUAGUUGCAAGCUGUGUAGACACUAGAAAAAAAAGUUGUAAGCCGCACAAGCGCAGCGGGCAGAGCAACGUACAUUUAAAGGAUGAGAUUAAUGUUAGAGCUUUAAAAGUUUAUCCAACCGGACGGCGGAAACGAACCCGGAACGGCAUGUUCCGUGGCGCUAUGACCCACUCAAUUUGAUGAAAUGAAAAACUCCAAUGCGGGGAGUUUGUUUUUGAACAAUUCAAACACAUACACAAACACACACCUAAACAUGCGCACAUUCAGAUGUGGAAGGCGGCAUUUGCGCUAGAAGCAGCAGUAGAAGUACAUGAUCGGUAGAGUAAAACCAUAUCAGUAUAUUUGUCGGCAGUAGAAUACCAUAAACCUUUAACCAUCGAGUAACCUAUUAGCAGAUAGUGAGAGGUGCGUGUUAGGAAAACAGAAACAAAUCCAAGAGGAGCUAUUUUGUGGUUCUCUGUUCGAUUCGAGACGAGUUGGUACUUGAGUUUUUGUUAUUGUUUUGAGAGAAUAUUACUUUAUGAGAAAUGCACUGCAGCUGUGUCGCUGUUUAGUUACAGGCCGGUUGGUAGGAUAUGGUUGGUUAGAUAAAUGGUAGAUAAAAUCGGAAAUUAUUAAAACAAUGAAACUAAUAAACAAUAAGCGAUAAAAUAUGUAACUAACGAAAGAAGGCGCGUGCAGACGGUGAGGUAGUAAAUGAAACACUUAAAUAAAGUCAAACUUCCAGUGCCAAACAAACGAAACAAAUACAGACCGCGUCGGUUGCUGCAUUAAAGUUGUGCUGGGUAGCGAUGGUGAUCGGGAUCACUUGGUAUCAGGUUUACAGUAGCCUUGUUUUCUACAACUCGCUCCACAAAACGAUGCCCUUCAUAUUGUUUCCGUUCCUUUUCAAACAACAACGCUUUAUCAGCUGCUCACGUUUUUCUUAACCUCUCACUCACUCUUGAGCUAAUUAUAAUGACCCAGAACUGAUAUCAAUACGGGUAUAAGGGACGACGGUGAACGAAUUAUCGACCGAUUUUGGGAACACUUCUCUUCUCUGCGAGCAAACACGGGCCCACACUCUCUGCUCCCUUUCCUCGAUCUCUUGUUGAGCAUUAUCAUUAUUGCCUUACUGCAUGUUGUUUGAUAUCAUCUUGUCAAAAGUAAGCAAAAGUGUCAUUUACAACUUCUUUUAUCUGCUUUGUUUGCUUCUCCUUUGCGUGGGAUGCUGGAGCUUUUUUUAUUGUACCUUCCCUCGACACGAUCCAUUCCAUGUGGUGUGUUAUCGCAGUCACAAGGCUACCA